AUGAUCUCAACAACGUCCAGCACGGCUGAGAUGGUUACACAAGGUAAACUUCAGAUCAACGACGUGGACAACGUCGAAGAUAAAAACUCUAGGGGACUGGGAUGUUGCGGUUGGCUGUUGGUCCUCAUAUCACUCCUCACUGUUGCAGUAACAUUCCCGCUCACAUUAUUUAUGUGUAUUAAGAUAGUGAAGGAGUACGAGCGAGCUGUCAUUUUCAGACUUGGCCGGAUCACAGACAGGAAACCUAAAGGGCCAGGACUUUUUUUUGUUCUGCCCUGCACUGAUAACUUUGUGAAGGUCGAUCUGAGAACUGUGUCUUUUGACAUCCCUCCACAAGAGAUCCUAACCAGAGACUCAGUGACAGUGUCUGUGGACGGCGUGGUGUACUUCCGUAUACAUUGCCCCAUCUCAUCUGUGGCCAAUGUGUCCAACGCACACUCAUCUACACGACUGCUGGCUCAAACCACCCUGAGGAAUGUACUCGGUACCAAAAACCUGGCAGAACUGCUGUCUGACAGAGAGGGCAUAUCACUCAGUAUGCAGGAAGCCCUGGAUGAAGCCACUGAUCCGUGGGGUAUUAAGGUGGAGCGUGUGGAGAUCAAGGAUGUGAAGUUGCCUCAGCAGCUGCAGAGAGCCAUGGCAGCAGAGGCAGAAGCCAGUCGGGAGGCCAGAGCGAAGAUCAUUGCCGCAGAGGGAGAAAUGAAUGCGUCAAGGGCUCUGAAAGAAGCUUCUCUGGUCAUUGCUGAGUCACCCUCUGCUCUCCAGCUGCGAUACCUGCAGAGCCUCAACUCCAUCGCAGCAGAGAAGAACUCCACCAUCAUCUUCCCUGUGCCCAUAGAUAUGUUACAGGGUUUUAUGCAGAGGAAGUGA